GUGUGUGCAGUUCACAGGGAUGCAAAAUAUAUGGGUGCAAGACUUGGAGUGCCAACAGGGUCCCUCCAACCCUGACACCAUCCAGGGCCCUCCAGAAGCACCAAUGGAGAAGGACGUCGACGGCUGCCAGGAUGGGGCCAAGACAGUGCCAAGUGCCAGGCUGAGCACCGAGGGGACAGAAGCACAGCUGGAUGAUUUUGUGGGUGCUCAUCCUGACUACAAUGAGGAAGAGGAGGAGCAGAAAUACUUUCGCCACAAGCGCCUCGGUGUCAUCAAGAACGUGGUGGCUGCCAGCCUGGCUGGCACCCUCACUUACAGCGUCUACCUGGGUCUGCUGCAGAUGCAGCUGAUCCUUCACUACGACGAGACCUACCGCGAGGUGAAGUACAGCAACAUCCAGUUGGAGGACAUUGACCGCAAGGUGCUGAUGGGCAUCAAUGUCACACCCGUGGCGGCGCUGCUCUACACACCCAUCCUCAUCAGGUUCUUUGGCACCAAGUGGGCCAUGUUCCUGGCAGUCGGCAUCUACGCCCUCUUCGUCUCCAGCAACUACUGGGAGCGCUACUACACGCUGGUGCCCUCCGCAGUGGCCAUCGGCAUGGUCAUCGUGCCCCUCUGGGCCUCCAUGGGCACCUACAUCAUGCGGAUGGCCCAGAAGUACUAUGAAUAUGUUAACUACAAGGAGGAGCAGGAGAAGGAGAGGCAGCGGGCGCCGCGGGACGCCUGCAAUGCCUACAUCGUCGUUUUCCAGACCGUCUUCUACUCCUGCUUCCACUUGAGCUUUGUCUGCGCUCAGAUGCCCAUGGUCUUCUUCCUCAACAACUACCUCUACCAACUCAACCACACGCUCUUUGCAGUGAAGCACUGCGGGACCCUCAGCCACGGCACGCUGCCUGGUUUCAACAAGACAGUGCUGCAGAGCCUUCCCCGCAGCGUCAACCUCAUCAUCGUGGAGAGUGCGUUGAUGGCCGCCGCCUUCCUCGCCAUGCUGGUGGUGCUGGUGCUGUGUGGCGCAGCGUACCGGCCCAUGGAGGAGAUCGACAUGCGCAGCAUUGGCUGGGGCAACAUUUUCCAGCUGCCCUUCAAGCACAUGAGGGACUAUCGCCUGCGGCACCUCUUCCCGUUGUUCAUCUACAGUGGCUUCGAGGUGCUCUUUGUCUGCACCGGAUUUUCCCUGAACUACGGCGUGUGCGCCCUCGGGCUGGAGAGGCUGGCGUAUCUCCUCAUGGCCUACGGCUUCUCCGCCUCGGUGUGCUCCAGCCUGGCCCUGUGCAUGCUGCGCCUGCGCCGGCACAUCCCGCUGCUGGCUGGAGCCUUGAUCCAUGUUGUACUCCUGGUGACGCUCUUCUGCUGGGCACCGGAGCCCCGGUACCUGCCGCAGGCGCCACUGCUCUACAGCAUUGCCGCACUCUGGGGCACAGGCAGUGCCCUCAACAAGACCGGAAUCAGCAUCCUUCUGGGAAUGUUGUACAAGAAAAAGGAGCGCCAAGACUUCAUCUUCACCAUCUACCACUGGUGGCAGGCCCUGGCCAUCUUCACCGUCUACCUGUGGUCGGGGCUGCCCAUGAAGGCCAAGCUGUCCAUCAUGCUGCUGACGCUGGUGGUGGCAGUGGGGACAUACCUGUGGAUGGAGCGGAAGGUGGCAUGGAACGUGGAAGUCCGGCUGCCCCGCAUCCCGCGCCCACGCCACAAAACACGUGGAUACCGCUACCUGGAGGACAACUCGGAUGAGACUGGCUCUGACGGUGAUGGAGGCAAGGAGGAUGAUGACAGGCACCCAACUGAGGCCACCAGGGAGGACGAGCUGCCAAAAGAGGACGGGCAGCAGCUGGGAUAGGGACAGCCUGUCCUGGGCCCCAUCCUGCUCUUGGUACCUGAGGGGGUUCCACAGCUCCCCCAGGAUGGGCCCAAAAUUCUGCAAACCCCCCCAGGUCAGGCUUGCAGCUCCCCGAGCUAGGCCUAAAGCCCCUAGGCAGCCCAAAUCCCCCCACACUGGCUGACAGACCCCCAGAUUGGACCACGGACCCCCUAGGUCAGGUCUGCAGCCUCCAGAUGGUUCUACAGCCCCCAGAUUGUGGUACAGAGACCCCCAAAUUGUGGUACAGCCCCCAGGCAGGCCCAUAGCUCCCCAAAUUAUGAUGUAGCUGCUCAGGUCAAACCUGCAGGCCCUCAAGCCAGCCCCAAAGCCCCCAGACGCAAAUCCACAGCCCCUCAUACAAGACUCACGCUCCCCAGGAAGAUCCAAAGCCCCCCAGGUGAGGCCCACAGAUCCCUGAGCAGAUGCACAGACCUCCAGCCCUCCCAUAUUAGCCCGCAUCCAGACGCCCAGAGCUGCCCUGGAGCCCCCAGGCAGAUCGGCCCCCUCCCGAACUGGCCCACAGCCCUUCAAACCAGACCCACACGCAGCCCAGGCAGCCCCGCAGCCCCCUCUAGGUUGUCCCGGAGCCCUGCUAGUUCAGCCUGCAGCCCCCCAGGUCGGGCCCACAGACUUCCCGACCUCUCCCAUCCCCGUUUUCCUUCAAUAAACCCCUCCCUCCGUGUCCUUGAA